AUGCUAAGAGCCCGAUCAAAAGUUCUCAUUCUAAGUUUACUUCUCCAGUUGCUUCAGUUCAGCAGUUGUCAGAGAAGGAUACAGCCCCGCAUUGUGGGAGGCACUGCGACCACCCAAUCGGCCUUGGGUGGUUAUGUCGUGAAUCUGCGCAACAAUGGCGUCUUCUUUUGCGGUGGCUCGCUGGUUACAUCAAUCUAUGUGGUAACAGCGGCUCACUGUGUCUAUGGAGUUCAGGCUAGUCGGCUCACCGUCCAGGGCGGAGUGAGUAAAUUGAGCCAAACGGGUGUCAUACGAAAGGUGGUCAAGUAUUUUGUGCCCAGCUCCUACAGUAGUGAACGCCUGAACAUGGAUAUUGCUGUGAUACGUCUGCAGAGUGCGAUGACUGGUUCGAAUAUACACACCAUAUCCCUGUGCAAUGUCCAAUGGAGUCCUGGCGAUUGGAUGCGUGUCUCUGGUUGGGGCAUCACCAGAUAUGGCAAUUCAAGUCCUUCCAACCAACUGCGAACAGUUCAGCUGAAACUGAUCAAGAAGAAAACAUGCCAGAGUCUCUAUAAAUAUAAAGAUGUUCUCUAUGCCUCCACGUUUUGUGCCACGGCUCAAGGCAAGGACAGUUGUUCGGGGGACUCGGGUGGUGGGGUCAUCUACAAUAAUCAAUUGUGUGGCGUUGUUUCGUGGGGCGAAGGUUGUGCCAAUCCCAAGUAUCCUGGCGUCUAUACGAGCAUACAUCGAACACGUAGCUUCAUUUUGAGCUCCAUGAAUAAGUGA